CACACUAAGUACAAUUUAAGAGAUUAGUUUAUUUUUGUUUAGUGGAACAAAUCCUUGCUAUAAUUAAGAUUCCAGCCAUAACAAGUGAUGUCCGAUUGCCAGGAUGAAUGGACUGCUUAACGAAAUUCAGCGCAUCGUCGGCGAGAUUCAGUCGGGAAAGCCGGCGAGCCGGAGCAAGGGCAUCGAACAGCUGGACGAAAAGCUCUCCAACUGCCGGGAUGAACUUGUUGCCUUAUUUCAAAGCAAGAACUGCGACUUGUCGUGGCCCGCACUCUUCGAAGUAUCCAAGGAGGCUCUCAUUAAGCACGCUGGAAACUUGGAAGAUGCCAACGAGAAGUCCUUCAAGACAUUGGCGGGAAAAAACUAUUUAUACGAAAAUGUCCUCGAGAAGAUCAUCAAAUUUAACUUGGAAGCUGGCUUGCAGACCACCGGAAAUGGACACUUUCUGGCCAAGACGAGUAUAUUCAAUGCAUUCGAGGAGGGCAUCAAGAUGCGAGUGGUGGUUAAGUACUUUGGCGACCGCAUCAUCAGCUUUCUGGACAGGGGCAUUUACACCUCGGCAACCUAUGUCCGCGAACUAAAGAUUAACGAGUACAGCCGCAUCCUUUCCUACUUGUUCGAGGUCAAUGUGGAGAAGAACGAGGUCCUGCGCACUAGGAUACUGAAAUGCAUCACCAAGACGGUCACCUUGGCAAAGGACCGGGUCCAGUUGCACGCCGAUCUAGUUGAAUACCUUCCAGAGCUAAAGAGCUUUGCACAACUCGCGAAUGGAGCCAGAAAACUGGAGAUAGUUCGUCUUUAUUUAAUUUUUGUCACAGAGCUCUCUGUUAACUACCAUCACCAGUUAAGCAUCCACAUGCAAGAGAUCCUGCCCAAACUGUGCGACUUUCACGAAGAGGAUGUGUUUCGCGACGACACCAGAAACCUCUUCUUCCAGUGCAUCACAAAGUCGCUGCAUUCUCUGUAUCCCAAGCUGGACAAGUGUGAUUUUAAUACCCUCGGAGUGGCCCUGCACGAGAAGUGGCCGCAAACGCUAUUGCGACUGAAAAGCAUCGUCAACGUGGAGAUUCGCAAGAACUCUUUGGCCCGUUACAAGACCUCACAACUGAGCAACGACAAAUUCUCAGAGCCCUUUAUCAAGAUGUCUGCUUUGGUCAUUUAUAUUGUUUUGUGGGACUUGGAGUCGAAAAAACCCGAUGAAAAUGUGGAUGGCGAUGCACCGAAAAAAGUACCGAAGCCUGCGGAUAAAAUGGAUGCUAUAUUUGGUCUAAUCGACAAAAAGGAAACUACAUUCAAUGAUGUCUGGUUUGCCAUCUUCGCAGAGCUGCUCCAACUUAGCAGUGUCAUUCUGAACGUGGCCAACUAUCAGCAGGCGCUGAGCACAGUGGCGGAAAUAAUGCAAAUUUACGGCAAUGCCAAGAACCUGCGGAAUCUUCGUUUGUGUUUAGGAAGCCUGCUUACCAAGGAAAAGGAGCUUUUACAGUCGAAAUCUAUCAAGGAGGACUUUCUGCUUGAUACGUGGAGUCAGAUCGCAAACCAUUUGAUAUCGGAGACCACCACCAACAGCGAGGAGAUCAAGGAGAAGCAAUUGGUGCUACAAAUGCUUAUUAGACAUCACAAACUAAAUCAGAAGAUGGCCACCAGCCUGCUGCACAACAUCACCUCCAAUGAGUUGCUGAAACGCAACGAAUGCUUCGCCACCAUUCGUGAGAUAUUUAUUCAUGCAGAUGAGUGUGGUCAGGACAAGGCCUCCGCGGAUCUAGAGCCCAUCAUAGCGUGGGCUUACGGCAGCGGGGAACGAAACAGUGCCGCCCAGGUGAUACACAAUAUAGCCAGUAUAGAUGCCCGUCUACAGGCAGACACCUUUGCCAUCAGUAUCAUUAACUUUCUGGACGAGCAGCAAGUGCAAGAGAUCUCGUGUCCAGCAACUCUUGCGGUUCCCAUUGAACGCAAUCUGUUGGCCUACAAGUACAACAAGCAGUUGAUUUGCCUAGAUACUGACUAUGCAGCUCCAUUUGUGUCAAUCGCCAAAUUGCUAAGCGAAACAAAGAACUGUUUGUUUCAGACCAACUACGAGUGCCUCAUGCGCGGCCUCAACUUUCAGAUUGCCAAGGACAACAGCCCCGCUGCAAUUCUAAAGAACCUAAACAGUCUACUAAGAUUGGCCUGCACAAUGGAGAGGCUUUUGCACUACAAAGUGUUCGAUGCGGAGAACUUAACUGGCUGUCCUUUGAUCAAGAGAAUUGGUCUGUAUCUAAGUCACAUCGAGUUCCAGUACAAGGCAAACAGUUCGGAGAUGUUGGAUGAAAGCGAUUUGCGCGAGAUUUUGAGGCUACAAAACGAAGUUCUUGAAGUGUUCAGAAUGAAUUCUGUUCUACUUAGCUAUUUGGAGAAACAGCCCAUAGAAAUGUUGGUGGAAUUUGUUGGCGCUGCGCUAAAACUGCAUUGCAUGCAGAGGGAGAGAUCUGAAAAUGCGGACCAUACAACAAUCACGGCUCAGUGCCUUAACAUUUUGGGGGGCCUGUGUGCUUGCAGCUCGCAUCGGGAUGAAACCUUUGAGCACAUCUCGAAGGUGACGAUGCGCUGGCAUCCCCAAGACGUGCUCAUCGUCGCCAAGAUGUUGUGUAGCUGCAAGAUCAUUUCGAAUGCAUCCAUAACUUGGUUAGUGAACAAACUGAAGACAGUUUUCCAGCACCAUCAUCAGGAUCAGGAUGUGAUCGACAACGUCGUUGACCAUAUGCCUACGAUUUUCCACUUCGUAUGCAAAAUUGAGCAUCACUUGGAUGAUAUGCUUAUGGCCCUUAAUUCUUUGCUUAGGAUUGCCCUUAAAAAGUCCUACACAUCACAUUUAACAGCCAAAAUUGUGCGUUGCGUGGGUUUGAUUGCUCAGCGAUGCCCAGACAUUUACCAGCUCGAAAACUUUACUGUGAUAUGCAAGUCCACUGCGAAAUUCAUCACCAUGCCCACUUUGGAGGUGCGCUUUGCCACACUCUUCACAUUCAGCAUUCUCCUUGAAUCGAACUGUGUGACUAGCGAUGCCAUCGGGCACUCGCAAAGCCACUGGGAUUUCUGCCAGGAUCUUUACGACAGCAUCGAGUUCAAUAAGCUAACAUACAACAAUGAGGAUGCUAUUCAGAACAGCAAUGCGAUAGUGGUUCAAAUGCUGAUUGCCUUCUUUGUACGCAGCUCUUUCCACCAAGAGGUGGCUUUGAAGGAGUUACUGCAUCAUUGUGCCCUACGCAGGCUAACCGAAUCGGAGUUUAUUUUCCUGGACAGUAUUGUUCCCUGCCAUGGAGUAUCAAUGCGAGAUCUUAUUCGUCCGUUUGCCAGCGUUCUGCUUCACAAGUGGAGCUGCCAGCGCUGGCCAAUUUACAAAUUUCCAUAUUUUCUGUGUUAUGCAAGCAAGAAUGAAUUUCGCACAGCUCAUGCUAGCGAAAUUAUGGCUUAUACGUUUCUGUACGGCAAAACAGAGGAUAUAGAGCGUUGUGGCAAAACAAUCAGCGAAGAUCUGGCUCUUCCCAUGGUGGCAUCUUUCUUACUGCCGAAGAACUGCUUCUGCAGCGAAAGCGAGGCCAAGGACUUCAAAGAUCAUCAUCAGCUGCUGGCGGAGAACCUCACUUACUCGCAAUUAAAUGGCACAGAUGUAGAUCUCAAUGUGGAAACCCUUAGCUGGGUGAUAAAUCUGCUGCACGAUCCCCAGGAAAUGAAAAGAUUGAUUGGUUCUUUUACGCCGUGCAUCGGAGUUGGCAGUUGGUAUAGUCUUACUGGAGAAUCGAUGUUCAAAUGUCUCAACUUGCAUAUUGACCCUAAAAAAAGUUCCACGGGGCACAGUCGAUUACAGUCCAUGACAACGCUCCAAAUCAAAAAGCCGCGCAUUUUGAUUGAUCUUUUCGGGCGCUUAAAGGCCAAUUGCUUCUCUGCCACAUUUUGUAGUCAGGCUUUGCGUAGUUUUUUUCUGUAUUGCGAAAUGGCAGAUGCUGUUUACGACGCGGCCAAAGAAAAUGAACAAAAAGUGGUUCAGUGUUCUUACUUUGUUCGUGAUAUUUGGUUCUUUGUGGUUCGAUUUCUGCAGCACACCAAGUUUAGCCGCGUCCAAAUUUCUGUUUUAACUUUCCUGGAACUCUUACUAAAUAAACCUAGCUUCGGCGACAAAGAAUUCUCACAUCACUUUGGAGAGAUUGCUAAGCUGCUGUGCAGUUUUCAACUCGUCUGUGAGUCGAGGGAAGUAAAAGAAAAAGCCAGGGCAAUCGUAAUGGAGAACUUGGAGUCAAACAAGGACCAAAUCGAUCUAAAUUCCUUUCUGGAGGAGACCACAGAUUGCGAGUUUCUUAAACCCUUGCGAGAUGAGUACAAAUCCAAUUUGCCCAGCAUAGACAAGGCGGAUGUGGCCAACUAUCUGCGCUCUUUUCUAAAGAGUCCCACCGCCGAGCGAUUGCGUGAUCUAAGGGAAUUUAUUGCCGAGCAUAAGGACAAAUUGCAGCAACACGAAAAGCUUUUAUUUGAGGUCAUUAAUAGGCUGAUUCGAAUGGCGCGAGAUACGCAUAGUAAGCAGAGCAGUCUGGAUGCCCUUAAGUGUCUGGCUCAAAUUGGACCGCUGAAGCUAUCCAAUAUUUCCUAUUACUUUCAAACUGAUUUUGACUCAUUUGAGGAGUCAGAAGAAGAACCUUUGCAAGUAUUCUUGAGUGUUGUCUGUGAGUUCCUGGAGAAAUCAUUAUUUCAUUUUGAUCCCAAAACUCACGAGGCCCUUGUGUGCGUAGCCAUUCUGGUGGCAAAUAGCAAGUCCGCUGUGAAUAUUUUGGAUCAAUACAAGAACUUACGCAUCUUUGUUCUCAUGUCACCGAAAUCGAAUUUCCUUAGUUCUAAUAAGCAGAUUCCCCGCAUUGAUUGGUUGACUGCAUUUAAGGCCACCCAAAACUUGGACUACGAGUCCUGGAUGUGCUUGUUUGUCUCAAAAGUAUUCGAAAUGUGCGGCUGGAAAGGAUUCGAUGACCUGGCUGCCAGGUCCUUUGCCUUUGCCAAGACCUGUCUGCAGCCGUUUAUUAAAUUGCUGCUGGAGAACCAUCCCCAUCAUUUGGAGAGCCUGUGCCAAAUGCUGGACUACUUUUUCGAAGGUUUCGCCUGCCCGAAGGCUCCGAACUCUCAUGGCAUCUUUCACAACAAAAGAGCCAUCAAGCGGUUUCUGCACAUUUGUGAAUGCAUACGAAUCUUUAAUAAUUGGAGCAUUCCCGUCAAUCUAAGCAAUGUGGUUAUGGCUAGCAAUCACUGCCAGGCUUAUUUCCUAAGUAUUAUGUACCUCGAGCUCUGGGCCUGCUCGGCAACCAAUGCAGACAACGCCAGUCUCUUGGAAAACGAAUCCUUUCAAGCAUCUGCGAAAAAGGCAUACGAGUCCAUUGGCUGUGUGGAUGCCAUCCCAGGCUUUGUCAAUCCCAUGCGCUCUCGCUUGGAUUUCCUUGGACGGUCCAGCAAUCUGUCCACCAUUCUACUGGAAUCGGAGCACCUGGACAGGGCCAGUGGUCAACUGUGCGUGGAUAUCAUGAAAGGAAAUGGUUUGUGGUCCUUUGCCAAACUCCAGCAGCACCAGAACAUGGAGCCCGACUACGAGAUCCUCUGGCGUCUGGGGCAGUGGGAUUCGCUGUCUGAUCCCAAGCAGCAGCAGCAGCAGCAGCAAGUUCAGUCGAGGGGUAGGGCUUCACUCAAUUUGGAGCAGGAUUUCAAGCGGCAUCAUUUCGUGGCCCUCAGGAGCAUCGGCCAGCGGGAGGAGGAGAACAGUCUGUCGGCCAUCGACAUGGCCUAUAGCUGUGUGCGCGACAUUCUGCAGGAGAUCAGCAUGGAGUGCCUGCAGAGUGUGUACAAGUACCUGACCUGGUUGUGCUCUCUCCAGCAGGCCGAGGACUUUUGUCAGAUCCAAUUUGGCACUCAGAUUGCUCCGUUCCAGAUGACCCAAGUGUUUGGCAAAUGGCAAAAGGAAUUGGAGCUCAAGUAUGGCAACUUUUCCUGCAAAGAGUACGUGAUUGCGCACCAGAUCGCUCUGUUCAAGAUGUCGGGGACGAGAGCGAGUCGUCGGAUGCAGGAGUUCUACAAGAGGAACCCCAUGGACACGUACCUACUGAAGGGAAUCGGGGAGUGCAAACGGGCUGGCAACUUAAACCUGGCAGCCAAGUAUAUUGCCACGCUGCGUGAGCUUCCCAACAUCAGGGAAUUCACAAAGAUUAGCGUACUGCUGGAAGAUGCCGACGUGAAUCUGAAGAUGGGCAAUCAUCAAAUAGCCAAGGCCAUCCUGGAGCAUGUGACUUACAAUCAGGAGUUUUUCUACUGCGUCCAACGCAUUCCGGCGCUGCGGAUGCUGGGCGAGUUCUUUCUGGACUGCAAUGCCAAGGCUUUCAGCUGGGUGCAGCACCACAACUUCAAUGCCUCGAUGAAGAUGAUCGAUGAUUUUUUACUGCACCGCAAGGCGCUGGCCGAGAAGUAUCCGGACAUCUUUGAGUGGCAGCAGCUGGAUGCGUACACCAGUCGCCACCGGACGGCUGCCUAUGCGGCGAUGGCCAAGUAUGCGGAUCGAGAGUACCAGCAGCUGUACGAUUACCGCCACUCGCAGGAGUACCAAACGCUGCUGGACAUCAUCGAGCAGAAUCGCCAGACGGCGGAUAAGGUGACGCAGCGCGAGAACCAAGAUCGGCGGGUCAUCUCCAUGCAGAUGAAGCGGUACGCCAGUUUGGACGAACGCCAGUUGCAACACAUCGAGGAGAAGCUGACGGAGCACCUGUGUCUGGCGGUGCGCAACCACAUGGCCUACUGUCGUCUGGACAGCGGCUUCUCCAGCGCCGCCAUCUAUCGCAUCAUCUCGUUGUGGUUCACCAACGCCGCCAAUGAGCAGUUGCAGCAGAGCAUCAAGGAGGAGAUUCUCACGGUGCCCAGUUACAAGUUCAUUUGUGCUGCCAACCAACUGACGGCGCGCCUCAACUCCAAAAAUAGCAGCCUGCUGAAGGGACUGAUGGAGCUGCUGGUGCGCUGUGGCCAGGAUCAUCCGCAUCACACAUUCUACCAGCUGUAUCCGCUUGUCUUUGCCCACCUGGACGGUGAGAACAGCAAUACGGAGCGAUCGGGCAUUGCCCGCAAGAUUAUUGCCAAGAUAUGUGAAACGAAUGCCACGGCGGCGGAGUGCAGCAGGCAGCUGGAAUCGCUACUGCCAGCGCUGAUUACAUUUGCCAACGAAGGCAAAACGGAAAGUCAUCAGCCGGUUUCGGAUGCGGCACGCUUAAAGCAGUUCGAGAAAGUGAGACGCUGGCGGAAUCUCAACGCCGUACACUGCCCAACCCUUGAGUUGCCCGUCCUGCCCAGCAAGGAGUACUCUAUAACAAGCAUCGUCAAGUGGAACAACGAAAUGACACAAUGCGGUGGACUGAAUGCGCCUGUUAAAGUGAUGUGCCUUUGCUCCGAUGGUCAGACUCGGGCGCAAUUGAUCAAGGGAAAGGACGAUCUGCGCCAGGAUGCCGUGAUGCAGCAGGUAUUCGGAAUUGUCAACGAACUGCUGCGGCAGGACUCUGAGUUCAUCGAGCGCAAGCUCAAGCUGCGCACCUAUAAGGUCACGCCGCUGUCCAUGCGCAGUGGCAUCCUGGAGUGGUGCACCAAUUCAACGCCAGUGGGUCAUUAUCUGGUGGUCGAAGGGAAAGGAGGAGCUCAUGCGCGAUAUCGUCCCAACGACUGGAAUAAUAAUCGCUGUCGCAAAUUAUCAGCGUCCCAUUUGAAGUCGUCGAAGGAGAAACGAUAUGAAGUCUACAAAGAGAUAUGCGAAAAUUUGAAACCCGUUUUCCACUACUUCUUGCUAGAGAAGUUUCCCAUUCCGGGCGUGUGGUUCGAGCGGAGAUUGGCUUACACAAACAGUGUGGCCACCACCUCGAUGGUGGGCUAUGUCCUGGGAUUAGGCGAUCGGCACACACAGAAUAUUCUCAUAGAUCAGCAGACAGCCGAAGUCAUUCACAUUGAUUUUGGUAUUGCCUUCGAGCAGGGCAAGAUCCAGACGACUCCGGAGACCGUUCCCUUCCGGCUGACACGUGACUUUGUGGCCCCAAUGGGCAUCUGCGGCACGAAAGGAGUCUUUGCGAAGUCCUGUGAGGCCACCAUGCACAUCUUGCGCCGGUACAAGUCGGUCUUCAUCACCAUACUCGAGGUUCUGCUCUAUGAUCCCCUCUUUAUUUGGGGUGUCCUCAAAAAGAAGCCAUCGACCCAAUCAUCCCAGCAGUCCAGCCAAGAAUCGGUUAAUUUGGUUGCCCAGCGUGCCCUGCUUCUGGUGCAGAACAAACUGGAGGGCAGGGAGGCCGGAACUCUUGACGAUUCGAAUGUGGAGGCUCAAGUGGAGCGAUUGAUCAACGAAGCCACGCUGCCAAGCAAUCUGUGCAUGCUAUUCCCCGGCUGGGAUCCGCAGCUAUAAGCUUAAGUACAUCACAUUUAUUUCCAGUUAUCAACUCGAAUAGAAGGUUUUUACGAUUUUGUAUCAACA